AUGACUGAAUUAAUAUCAAUUCCUUUAAAAAAACCAUCGGAUGUCGACGUAAUUAAGCCACUUACUAAUAUUAUUAAAUCGACGUACAAUUCGGCGACUAAUCAAAAGGAUUAUACUGAGCAAAUUAGUGAAUUUAGUAAACUAAGAAGUAAUGCGUUAUGGCGUGCAUUUGAGAAAUAUGAAAGUUCUUUAGAGGUUAUUUACAGCUAUUAUGACCAGCUGUGUGCCCUAGAGGGUAAAAUUCCAGCGCAUGAGUUGCAGAUUCCAUUUAAAUGGAAAGAUGCUUUUGACAGGACAAUUUUUGGUGGCAAAUUAAGUCUCACUAUCAGCACGCUGGCAUAUGAAAAAUUAUGUGUUCUAUUCAAUAUUGCCGCAUUGCAGAGCUCAGUUGCUGCUUCGCAAUCACUUGACAGUGAUGAGGGCUUAAAAUUAGCAGCCAAAUUAUUUCAACAAGCAGCGGGUAUUUUCAACUAUUUGAAAGGAAAUGUCAUGCUUGCUAUUCAGCAAGAACCAACACCUGACAUGAGUCCUGAUACUUUAAGCGCUUUAUCAGCUCUGAUGAUAGCGCAAGCUCAGGAAAUUUUUGUCCACAAAGCCAUCCAUGACACCAUGAAAGAUGUUGUAAUUGCGAAAUUAGCGUCGCAAACAGAAGAGUAUUAUGCUGAAGCUUUGAAACUUUUUCAGAAAGAAAUAUUUCGAUCUUUUUGGGACAAGGAAUGGAUUCCUUUGAUUACUGGUAAACAGUCUGGGUACCGUGCUAUGGCUGAAUUAUAUCAAGCUUCUAUCUGCAAAAGUAAAUCUGCGAUUGGUGAAGAAAUUUGUAGACUUGAAUAUGCCGUGGAUUUGUUCAAAGCGGCUCAACAGAGAUCAAAUAAGCCUAAUCUUUUUCAAGAAUAUGCUACCAAAGCUGAACGUCGAUUGACAGUAAUUAAAAAGGAUAAUGAUUUUAUUUAUCACGAGCGUAUUCCUGAUAUAAAAAGCUUGGAGCCGAUUGGAAAGGCAAAUAUUGCCAAAUUUUUGACCAUGUCACAACCUAUGAGCAGUAACUUUAAAGAUUUGUUUGAAGAUUUACUCCCAGUCGCUGUUCAUCAUGCUCUGUCAUCCUAUGAAAUUCGAAGAAAUGAAUUGGUUAAUACGGAAAUUUCAAAGCUACGCGAAAUGACUCAAGUAUUGAAUACUGUAUUAGCUAGCUUGAAUUUGCCUGCUGCUAUUGAAGAUACUAGUGGAACCGAAGUUCCUCAAUCUUUAUUGGACAAAGCUUCUUAUGUCAGACAAGCCGGAGGGAUUAGAGCCCUUGAAACUGCCAUGAAUGACCUACCAGAUUUGCUCCAGCGCAACAGAGACAUCUUAGAUGAAGCUGAGAAAAUGCUCAGAGAAGAGCGUGAAUCCGACGAUCAACUGAGAGAACAAUUCAAAGAGCGUUGGACAAGAAUACCGAGUAGUAAAUUAACUGAACAACUUACGAGUAAUGCUCAAAAAUAUCGCAUAAUUAUUGAUAAUGCUAUUUCGGCUGAUAAAACUGUUCGCGAGAAAUUUGAAACACACCGUGAAGGCAUGGAGAUUUUGAGUCUCGGUGAAAGUGAACUAGCAUCAGCGAUUCCAUCCGGUUCAGCUGUUCAAGAAAGUGGCGUGGUUAUUCAGCUGAGAAAAUUAAUGGAAGAUGUAGAGACAUUGAAAGCCGAGCGAGACGUUAUUGAGAGUGAAUUGAAGUCACCGACAGUGGAUAUGAAAUCUACAUUUCUUGCAGCUUUAGCUAAAGACGGUGCAAUUGAUGAACCAAAUUUGUCGGUUGAACAAAUUGGUAAAAUUUAUGGACCGCUGACUACUCAAGUUCGUGACAGUUCAGCUCGUCAGGAAAAACUCAUCGCUGAGAUUCAGUCAAGUCAUGCUGCAUUUACACGUGAACAAAGUGGGUCAGGUAGUUCACGCGAAGCCGUUUUAUGUAAAUUAGCUGCUGCGUAUGAUGCGUUCAAAGAACUCAAAAAUAAUUUACAAGAAGGAGCUAAAUUUUACAAUGACCUUACUCAGCUACUGGUCGUUUUCCAAAAUAAAAUUUCCGACUUUUGCUUUGCUCGCAAAACCGAGAAAGAAGAAUUAAUGAAAGAUUUAACGACUAAUUUAAGUCACGCUGGUCCGGCUGCUACGCCUACGAUUCCUUCUCAUCAUGGAGCGGCUUCUGGACCAAGUUCAGCUCCUUCUGAAAGUGGCUCAACUCAAUUGCCUUAUCCGACCCAAUAUCAAGGAGGGAUGCCUGUUCCUUACGGAGCAUCCCCUGCUACGCCUUAUCCUACUUAUGUUCCUCCUCCGAUGCCUCAAACAUACAAUCCGUAUGCAACAAUGCCAUACCCUGGACAAGGUGCGUACAAUUAUCCGCAACAAUUUCCACAACAGCCUAACUACGUCAAUCAUUAUGCAACAUUCCCGCGUUAUGGUGCUCCACCACCUGGACAAAAUCCA